GCCGAACACAUGGGCUCCCUGCUCCGGCCCCAGAACCUGCUGGAAGUGCGCGAAAAGAUCCGCGACACCGGCAUCUCGGAGGAAGAGGCCGGCCUGCCCGCCAUCGAGACACAGGCGGUUCAUGACGUGGUGCAGCUCCAGCGGGAGUUGGGCUACAAGGCCGUGACCUCGGGCGAAUUCAACCGGACGCGGUUCUGGGGGCAGAUGUGGGAUGAGUUUGAGGGAACCGUUCGUCUUCAAGAUGCAGAAGCCUCGAUGUUCCGACUCUACCACCCGGACGUGGUGAGUCUGAUCGAGAAGGACCGCAAGGUCAUGCCGGGCGACUCGGUGAUCGCGGGCUCGAAGCUGUCGUGGAGCGCGGAGAAGUCAGUCUCCAACCUGCACGAGCUGAAGCUGGUGCAGCAGGCGCUGCCGGAGAGCGAAUGGGGGACGAUCAAGCUGACGAUGAUCACGCCGGCCUGGUUCCACAUGCGCUACAAGCAGGGCAAGGCGUACGCCCCCGACGCCUACGCCAACGACGCGGAGUACUUCGCGGACGUGGCCAAGGUCUACCAGGCCGAGCUGGCCGCCUUGUAUGCGGCGGGUCUGCGCAACGUGCAGUUCGAUGACCCGGGCAUGGCCUACUUCUGCUCCACGGCCUUCCGCACAGGCUGGGCGGAGGAUGCCGACAACGUGGGCAGCGUCGAGGACCUGCUGGAUGCGUACAUCCAGCUGUACAACGACUGCCUCCAGGGCCUGCCCGCCGACUUCCACACGGGCAUCCACCUGUGCCGCGGCAACUUCAUCGGCGGCCGCCACUUCGCCGAGGGCUCCUACGACAUCAUCGCCAAGAAGCUUUUCGAGAACCUCAACGUCCACACCUUCUACCUCGAGUAUGACACUGAGCGCGCGGGCGGCUUCGAGCCCCUCAAGUUCUUGCCCAAGAACAAGAACGUCGUCGUCGGCAUCAUCAGCACCAAGCUGCGCGAGCUCGAGGACAAGGACGCUAUGAAGGAGCGCGUCUACCAGGCCGCGGAGUAUGUCCGUGCUGGCACUGGCGAGUCCCGCGAGGAGGCCCUCCAGCGCAUCUGCGUCAGCCCGCAGUGUGGCUUCAGUACCCACGAGAGUGGUUAUCCGUUGAGCCUGGAGGAUGAGACGAAGAAGCUGGCCUUGGUCCGUCAGAUCGCGGACGAGAUCUGGGGUCAACCUUGAGGGUUGGGCGGGGGCUGAGCGGGAGUUAGUAUGAUUUUUUUCUGGCCAUUUCAACAGCGACGGAAAUGUGACGACGUGACGCGAGAUAUGUAUUCAACAGACGUGAUCAUGGGUUUUUGGGUGGUGAUAUAUGUAUAUCAUAGGGAUCAGGAGUGAACCAAGCCGACGUGGAACGAUGAACAUCACUCCUUCAGUAGCUGGAAGCUGAUUGUCUGUCUUGAUUGUGUUUAGGGGCAGGGUUAGCAUCUUCUUGGAUGUAGGAGUUGAGUCUCUCACCGUGGGAGAGACAACUCUAAGCGAAAAAGCUAGAAGCAGAGAUCAGCGGGUGUGGCCCCUGAAGCUAUUGCUAAUUACUGUUAGUUUAUCAGGUGUGGAAGCCGAAAUUGUUAAUAUCUUGUGGCCACAGGGUCAAUGGCCGAGAUCUACAAUUCUAGAUCACAGCCAGACCCCUUUCCCGCUCUACCCUGAAGGUGUGACAUGCUCAAGAAUGUUGUG